CCUGAAUGUUCUCGCGGUAGUUGAUAAAACAUCUCGGCUAGCUCACCCUGUUGUGUCCCGGAGCAGAGGCUGCGCGCAUGCGCAAUGCGUUACUGAGCCGGACGGCCCGAGCUUCUGCACCGUUCGCACAUUAGCGAAAACAAAACACGGUUUAAAACUCCCAACCGAAAAUUGCGGAAGCCCUCCCGACGUUCCCCGGAACAUCAGCGGCGACCGCGGCUCCUAACGUUCGGAAGGCGGCCCGUCUGUCCGCGUGCACACGUUUGGAUGAGGACACCAUGACGUCCCUCAGCUGGACCGGGCUGCAUGUCCCCUCAGUCCUGGUCCUGGUCCUGGUACAGACCACCUCGGUGACGGCGGCUCGCUCGGACAGAAGCAUGGCGCCAGAGGAAUACGUCAGCGCCACGGUCAACGCCACAGUGCAGGACGCCAGAGGACACACCAUCCACAUGAUGAGCAGCGAAGACGUCACGUACGGACAGAACUCUCCCAAAGUGGACGCCAGGGGCGUGGUCGUGGGACCUGCACCGCAUCACGGAGUUGUGGACAGGCAGGGCUGCAACCCCCACACCCGCUUCCUGGCCCCUCCCCGGGGCGUCCAGUGGGUGGCACUGCUGCAGAGAGGGAACUGCACCUUCAAGGAGAAGAUCCUGAAGGCCGCCGCCUUCAAUGCCACCGCCGUGCUCAUCUAUAACAACUCUACCGACAAGACGGUCAAGAUGGGCCACGAAGGAACGGGCGACACAGUGGCGGUGAUGAUAACGGAAGGCUACGGCAAGGAGAUCCUGGCCAACCUGGAGCGGAACCUGACUGUGAUGGUCACCGUGCUGGUGGGUCAGCGCAGUCCCACCAAGAACAUCAACCGAGGCUCGCUGGUCUUCGUCUCCAUCUCCUUCAUCGUCCUCAUGAUCAUCUCCUCGGCCUGGCUCAUCUUCUACUUCAUCCAGAAGAUCCGCUACAGCAGCGCACGCGACCGCAGCCAGCGUCGUCUCGGUGAUGCAGCCAAGAAGGCCAUGGGGAAGUUGAGCACAAGGACGGUGAAGAAAGGAGAUAAGGAAACGGACCCUGACUUCAACCACUGUGCCGUGUGCAUCGAAGCGUACCAGCUGAACGACGUGGUGCGCAUCCUUCCUUGCAAGCACGUCUUCCACAAGGUGUGCGUGGACCCGUGGCUCAACGAGCACUGCACGUGUCCCAUGUGUAAGCUGAACAUCCUGAAAGCGCUCGGCAUCACGACCAGCGUGGCCUGCGUGGACAGCGUGGUGUUGGACGUGGAGCGGCUGGGUGUCGCGCAGGCCUCCGGCAGCCAGAGGGCACCGCUGAACGACAGGCGCCAGCCUGCGAUCAGCGUGGAGCCGCUGAGCCCGCCCCACCCCGAGGCCCCGCCCAGGACCCCCGCUGAUAUCGCCAUUGCCGUGACAAGCGGUCACUUUUUCAACUCCACGUCUCCUCGCAGCGUCAUCUGUGACGUGGAGCUUGCAGACCUCCAAGCCUCGCUCGACCUCUAUGAUGACAAGUCAUGAAGGUCGUCGCCAUAGCAACACCACCCCCAUGUCUCUCUCGCGCUCUUGCUCUCUCACACACACACACACACACACACACACACACACACACACACACACACACACACACACACACACACCAUGUGACUGGUGUAAAGCCAAUAUUCCAGAAGGGAGUGAGUGUUUAUAAACUCUGGGUCUGGUCUCACUAGACUUUUUACGUUCAUUCCCAGAAGAGGCGAAGACUCUCCAGGAGUCCCUUGCGAGGUUCUCGGCUCCUGGUGGUGGUCCUGAAGGUCAGAGAGAGGUUUCACACCUUUUAGGAAAACCAAAUUCCAAAAUGGUCUCUUGCAAUGGUUCCCUGGACUUUUUAGCGGGUACUAAAAGGGCUCUUGAGAAGACUUCUUGGAUCCAUAAAUGGUUCUUCCAACGCUUCCUGGAAAAAAAAAGAGAUAUGUUCCCAAAAAACAAACUCUAGAGUGCCUAAACGUUCUUGGAAGAGCUCCCUGAGGACCUGAAGUGGAACUAAUGCGAUUGCAGCUGGAUGCAGAACCAAAGAACCUCAAUCAGUAUGCGGUUGGUUGUCAUGAGGUUCCUUCAGAUCUUGAGACCAGAACCAGAGGGAGACCGGGACCCUGACACUUCCUUAGAGACUUUGGAGCAAAUAUUUAAAGGAACAGUCCCUCACCUCCGCCGCUGGCUUGUGGUUUGUUGCUAUGGUAACACCUGCAGUUUCCUUUUUGACCUGCGUGUGGCAUCCAAACCUCAUGAAACGUUGGACGACUUCGCUCACAUUUUAGCACAAUAACUGCGAGCACAUCUUACUGUUAUCUCAUCUUAUCUUAGCAUAGCACAGUGACAGGAAACCACAUUAAAAAGUAUCUUAGCGUUGCUGUCAAUGAAGGGAAACACUAACUCCCGUUAAAGACACCAAGAAUUGUGCUAAUUAGUAAAGCCGCUAAUGAGCUAAGUGCAUUUUGGGAAAAAAAACCUUGCAAAGUUUGCACAUUCAGUGUUUUUUUCGUCUACUUUGGUGUAGACCCAUAAGAAACCCUUUUAGAGUGGAACUAAACAAUCCAAGCUUCUAAAUUCCUUCCCAUCCAUCCAAUAGAGGCUUUUUUUAUACAUGUGAUGGACUGCUCCUUUAACGUGUCAGCUCAUGUAAAGGACAUUAUACAAUCUAUAUGACCAAUAUAAUCUCUAUUAUGUG